UCUGUAUUGUGAUUAUAGUCAAGAAAUGAACGUUUAAAGAGACCAUUUAAGCGGAGCUCGUGCAGUUUGAAUCUUGUCAAUCAGACAUAAACAUGUUUUCCCAGUGCUUAGUCGUGUGUUGUCUCUUGGGGAUCGCCGUUGCAAGCAACUUAAUAUCACAAUGUCCAGGACAAUCAAUACCAAACUUAAGCGAAAAUGUUCAACUGCAGCAGUGCAAGAAAUCUCCCUGCAAACUCAGGAAAGGCUCCACGCAGAAUAUCGUCAUAAGUUUUAUUCCAGAAAAGGACGUGGAUUCAGUCACGAACCACGUUGUCGCAAAUCUUUUAGGAAUUGAUUUACCUUUCAUCGGAGUUGACGGUCAAGAUGUCUGCGACAAAAUCACCACUACAGAUGGACAGAAGGCCUCGUGCCCCCUCAAAGCAGGAACCACAUAUACAUACAGGGAUUCUUUCCCAAUUUAUCAAGUAUAUCCGUCAAUCGAAGCAAAGGUACAUUGGUCCCUUAUCCAUAAUAAAAAAGAUAUUGUUUGCUUUGAGGUGCCAAUAAAAAUUGUAUAAUUAUUCAUGUUUUAAAAACUAUCAACUCAAUUAUUAAAAAAUAUUACAUGCUUGCUUGGUAAACGACGACAAUAAUCUGGUAUACACAAGUAGGUAGGUAACUCUAUUUUGUUUAAAAUUAGCUUAUUAUGAGAUUUUCUGUUAAAGAUAAACCAAGUACCAAGUGUUCUAGAGUCUGAAUAUGGAUAAAAGGAAGGAAACUGGUUGGUUCUAUUAUACAAUUUUUGACCAUUCAAAGUUAUCUUGAAUAGUUUUAUUUAUACGUCCAGCUUACUUCCUAUCCACGCUGAAAUCUAUGAUAGUUUAUUUAUGCUUUUUAGCUAUGUGCUAUUGUAAAAGUUGAGUUAUCUACCUACCCUCAUUAUAUUAUGUAAUAAGUCACAUUGUACAUCAUACCCUUCAUGUUAUCUCGUAUUGGAUAGAAAAAAUUAAAAUAAACCCUUAACAAAUAAACUGUCUAAACUUUUUGUGUGGGUAUCUCAAUUUGUGAUGUAAUAUAUUUUAAUAAAUAUUGUUAUUUAUAAAAUUUUGGGUAAAAAGCUAACAAAAUUUUUUAUUUUUAUACUUUUACCUUAGAAAGAUCUAUAAGGUUAUUUAAAUAAAGAAUACCUAAACAAAA